AUGCCAAAUUCGGUGCCAUCAUUUUUCGCUAAUCCAUUCAUGACACCAUUUAUGCCACAACAAGCUGCUACUGCUAUAACUGCAACAUCACUAGGUGGUAGUAGUAAUAGUGGUGAUGGUGGUAGUAGUAGUAGUAUUGGUGUAAUUGAUUCUUCUCAAUUAAUCGGUUCGGAAAACGGUGAUUAUCGAAGUAAUCCAUUGCAAACCGGUAAUUAUGUUAUGCAAAGUUUAAAAUGUCAAGAAAUGAUGCAGCAUUAUAUUCAAAGUUUAAUGGCAGCUGCAUCACAACUUCCUGGCAAUAAUAUAUUAUCAGAUGUUACUACUACUACUACUACUAAUACUGCCACUAUCACUACCACUGCUACUACAACAACAACAACUACAACAAAUGAUCAGCCGAUAGAUGACAGCCAGGAGCAAUUAUCCGUUGAUUCCGCUCGUUUCCCGCUGGAUUUCCCGAAUGCUUUACCAGUUCUGAUUCAUAGUAUGCAACAACAGUUAUAUUUAAAUAAUCCGGCAAUAUCACAAUAUGCUAAUUCAAUUCCGAUUUCUGAGACAAAUUUAAUUAUUUCAAAUAUAUCAAAGGAAAUCAAGGAUGUGAAAGAUGGAGAAGAGGAAGAGGAAGAAGACGAAGUAAAUGAAAGUAAAAAUUUCACAAUGAAUGAUAGCGAAAGCAAUGAAAUGAAUGGACAUAAUGUUGCAUUAUCGGUAAAACAAGGUGAUAUUACUAAUUCUGAUGAAAUUAAUCAGGAGAGUGAUAAUAAUCAUUCAACAACUGAUAUUAUACCACUGUCGAAUAAUGUUGCAAAAUGUUUCAACAGUAGUAAGAAUGAUGAUGGUUUAUUAUUGGAAGGAAAAAAUGUGAAAAAAAGCGGACAUUCAGAAAUUAUCACAAAUGAAUUAUCAUCGAUUAAUUCUACGAAAUUAUCUGAAACAAUACCAUCAUCCAAAAUAACAACUUCGAUUUCUUCAACAUCAACAAAAAACAUACCCGAAUCAUCGUUAUUAACAUCAUCAUCAAAUGAUAAAAGUAACGGUGUAAACACCGUUCAGGAAGAAGAAUGUCGAACAUCUGUUUUGAUCAAGAAACAAAUGAAUGAAAUUGAUAAAGAAAUUAAUCGACGAAUACAAAAUCGUAAUAUUAAAAAAAUUGAUGAAAAUGAGUUGGCUCAACUUUUGAAUUCUAUCAAUAGUUGUAGUUAUCAAUCUGCUUGUACUCAACUACAGUAUCCAUCAGUAUAUGCUCAUUCAUCUAAUACAACAGAUCAGAGCGUUCUACCAUUUGGUGCCGGUGAAAUCAGAAAAUCGGAUAUUUCAACAUCGAAACCAACAUUGGAACAACUUCGUAAUUCAUUUGCUCUACCAGCUAUAGCACCAUCAAAUUCGAAUUUACCAUCACUUACACCACAAUCAUCCUCGUAUCAUUAUGAACAUUAUUCACAACUGCAACAACAACAACAACAACAACAACAACAACAACAGCAAUUUCCAUCACUCCAUUUAGGUAUACCAGGUGGACAAUUAACUGAUACCACUGCUAUGGUACCGUCAAAAAAUUGCUGCUCUACAUCAUUACCAACUACUAUGAAACAAUUUACACAUGCAGCUGCAGCUGCAGCAGCUGUAGCAGCAUUUGGUACCAUUUCACCACAAUCAUAUCCACAAUUUCAACCAUAUUUUUCAACACCGCCACCUCCACCACCACCACCUCCACCACCACUGCCAUCGCAUGCAUAUUAUUUCCCCAGUACACAUCAACAUAUUUCACCACAGCUCGCAGCAGCAAUUUUACAACAAUCUCAACAUGGACAAGCAAUGAAUAUAUUUUCUAAUUUUCCAUUUCCACCACCAUCACAAUCAUCACCGUCUACUAUUGAUAGUAAUAAUUUUAUCACUGCUGAAAAUGAUCAACAAUGUAUGGAAAUAUCAGCUAAUACACAAACGAUAAGUACGAUGACACCAAUUAUUACUGAUAUUACAACAAGUAAUGGUGAUUGUUUGAAACAAAAAAUACCACCACCACCACCACCACCACCACCACCACCACCACCUCCACCACCAUCAUCAUCAUCAUUUUCAUCAUCAUCAUCAUCUCUAUCAUCAUCAUCUUUAUCAUUAUCAUCAUUAUCAAAACCUGUUCCAUCAUCAUCAUCAACAACAACAGCAACAAUAACACCAGUAACAACAGUAUCAGUAAUAACAACAACGACAACAACAUCAAAUGCACAACAAAAAUUAUUAAUUCAACAACAAAAUGAUACACCGAAUAAUUAUCAACAACGACAUCGGAAAUAUUCACUUCAAACGACUUCACAAAAUAAUUGGCCCGGUGAAAGUGAUUGGAUGGAAAAUGAGAAGCAUACAUCCGGUAAAGAAAAUGGAAAUAGUGAGGAAAAUGGUACAGGAGGAGAACCUAUUUGGGUUAUGAGAGAUUCUUAUCUGAAAAGGAUUCAAAGGGAAGAAAGUCAAAAUAAUGAACAAAUUAUGGAAAUGAAUAAAAGCACCGAAAAAUUAGAACCAGCAUCGGAUGAAGUGAUUAAUGAAACUGACAGUUUGCUAGCAAAGGAUGAACAAGGUGGUGAUGAUGGAAUUAAAACAAAGAAAGGUUCUAAAAAGGAAGUUAUGGUACAUGAGCCAGCAGUACUCAUUGAAGGUGUACUAUUUCGAGCCAGAUAUUUAGGCUCAACACAGUUAAUUUGUGAGGGAAGGCCAACGAAAGCAAGUCGUAUGACACAAGCACAAGAAGCGGUAGCUCGAGUUAAGGCACCAGCGGGUGAAAUUCAACCAAGUACAGAUAUUGAUUUAUUUAUAUCAACAGAGAAAAUUAUGGUAUUAAAUACCGAUCUUCAGGAUAUAUUAAUGGAUUAUGCAUUAAGAACGAUAUCGUAUAUUGCGGAUAUCGGUGAAUUGGUUGUUUUGAUGGCGCGUCGAAUGUCACAAACAUCUAAGGAGGAUUUAUCUAUAAAUACACCUCGCGUGAUAUGUCAUGUCUUUGAAUCGGAUGAAGCAUCAUUUAUUGCCCAAUCUAUUGGACAAGCCUUCCAGGUUGCUUAUGUUGAAUUUCUUCGUGCUAAUGGUAUCGAUGAUCCAUCAUAUUUGCGUGAAAUUGAUUAUCAGGAAGUAUUAAGUUCACAAGAAUUAAUGGGUGAUGAAUUGGAGAUGUUUGCUAAGAAGGAAACUCAAAAAGAUGUUGUUGUACCUAAAAAAGCUGGUGAACCGUUAGGUGUUGUAGUUGUUGAAUCCGGUUGGGGUUCCAUGCUGCCAACGGUUGUUAUUGCUAAUUUACAACCAAAUGGUGCUGCUUGUCGAUGUAAUCAUUUAAAUAUUGGUGAUCAGAUAAUUGCAAUUAAUGGCAUAUCAUUAGUAGGUCUUCCAUUAGCGUCAGCGCAACAAAAUAUUAAGGCAACGAAAACUUCUACAGCUGUAAAAUUAACAGUUGUUUCAAUGCCACCAGUUGUUGAAGUUCGAAUUCGACGUCCUGAUACUAAAUAUCAACUUGGUUUUAGUGUACAAAAUGGAGUGAUUUGUAGUUUAUUACGUGGUGGUAUAGCGGAACGUGGUGGAAUACGUGUUGGUCAUCGAAUUAUUGAAAUUAAUACACAAAGUGUUGUUGCAGUACCACAUGAACGAAUUGUUAAUAUGCUUGCAACAGCAAUUGGUGAGAUUCAUAUGAAAACAAUGCCCACAUCAAUGUUUCGUCUGCUCACCGGCCAAGAAGUGCCAAAUUAUAUUUGA